GAUGCUUCGCCAUGAUCUUCAACAGAGACUAUCUAAAAUGCCAAAAAAAUCCCCAAAAGCAAAUGAUCAGAAUAUAUUUGAAGAUUCUAUAAAUAGCGAAAAUGCCAACAUUGACCUCUUUGAGGAAGAAUUUAAUGAAGAAUUUUCACAAAUUAACAUUGAGGCAACGAACCUUGAAAUAGAAAAUGAACUAGCAAUAGAACAAUUUUUUAAUAUUGGAAUGCUUGAACGAAAUCAAGAGAAUAUAAUUGAAGACUAUUCAGUUGUUAAUUCUCAAUGA